AUGGAUCCUUCAGAGAUAAAAGAGAGAAUCAAUCGCUUUCGAAUCCUCAUCAUAGGAAGAGCCAAUGCGGGAAAAACAACUAUCCUAAAGAGGGUUUGCAACACCAAGGAGAACCCCCAAAUAUUCAAUAGCGCUGGGGAAACGGGUGCGUAUCGUGAUGCUAGUACUACAAUACUGAUAAUCGAUGCCACUGUUCUGAACGCAUCCAGAGAGCGUGGAGAGCACAAUAUCGAAAACGAAAUGGUUUUUCAAAAUAACCCGGGAUUCAUCUUUCACGAUUCACGUGGUUUCGAAGCAGGCGGCGAGUCCGAGUACGACCAGGUGAACACAUUUAUCACAGACCGCUCGAAGAUGGGAAAUAUCAAGGAUCGAAUUCACACUAUAUGGUACUGUAUCCCAAUGGAUCAAGCAAGCAGGGCAUUCACCCAAGCCGAACUCAAGUUUUUCUCCCGCUGUGACACCGGAAGCAUCCCAGUGAUUGUGAUAUUCACAAAAUUCGAUGCCCUUUACGACGUCGAAUUUGCACGGCUACGAAAGGAAGGAAAAUCGAGGACAGACGCCAAAGCACUGGCCCCGAGGCAUGCCGAGGAGACGUUUGCAAACGGGACGCAAUUGAAGGUCUUAUACCACUCCAAGGACAUCCGGCGGCCGCCAAAAUCUCACGUAUGCCUCCCUGACAUGGACAAGGACAACGCAAAUUGUGGGCCACUCAUCAAACUGACGGCUGGAACUCUGGACAGCGAAGUCCUUCAGCAAUUGUUUGUCUCAACUCAACGAACGAACUUGGAGCUCUGCAUAGAAUAUGCAGUAGAAUAG